AUGUUUAUGCGGAAGCAGGUCAGAUACGAAGUAGAUACAUACUCCUUUACAUCCAUUACGGGCGAUCCUGUUGGUCUGGGUCACCAGUGGGGCCACGAUGCUAAUGAUGAUGACGAUCAUGAUAUCUGGAAAUCAUUGCAUGCACUGCACGAAUACACACUACAGGGAUGUAUAAUGUUGCAACACCAAACACCGCAUAAAAGCCUCAAACCCCAGUUGAGCAAUGGAUAA